AGGUACAGGUGACUCAGGCGCAGGAGGUGGGUGGGGGCCACCCAGUAUAAGGGACGGUCGGGUGCCACAGGCUGCCCUCCUCCCGAACAUGCAGUUCCUCGCUGGGCUCUUGCUGGUCGCCACCGUGAGCCUGCAGCUGGCUGCAGCCCAGGGCAUGUGGUGUCACCAAUGCAAGGGCUUCGGUGGGUGCUCCCAUGCGGCCCAGUGCCCCCGGGGCAUGACCCACUGCGUCGUCAUCGCCACGCGAGCCCCCAUCAGUUUUGAGGACCUGCCCCUGGUCACCAAGAAGUGCUACAGCGGCUGCCCGGACGUGAGGAGCCUGGACCUGGGCCCACAUGUGUCCAUCGCCUGCUGCCAGUCCAGCCUCUGCAACCACGACUGACCCUCUGGGCCUGAGCCCCGAGGCCAGCCCAGGCAGCCCACCGCUC